AUGGGUUGGGAGAGUCGGUGGAAUGAAGUGUAUGAGGAGAUCUGCGAGGCAUUGGCUAGGGAGACGGACACCCGGGGUCGGAAGUUGAGUGUGAAUGGGAUGGAUGAGCUGGAUCCCCGGUAUUUGGUGGGAUCUUCUAGGGUGGAGGACGAGGAUGCGCCGGCUGCUUCAUAUGUGAACUUCUACUUUGUAAAUAGGGCGCUGAUAGUGCUGGCCUUCGGGGAUCCAACAGCAGAUCAGGCGGCGGUUGAGAUGUACCGUCAUCUGGCGCCGGAGAGGACGGUGAGGACGGUGCUUGUCAAUUCUCUUCCCCGGAUGGGAGGCGUGUUGCAUUGCGUGACGCAACAGAUUCCCUUGCAGAUAUAG